UAAUCAUAAAAUGUAGAAGCUAUACAGAGGGGUUGCACUGAAAAAUAAAAAGGGAAAUUGUUGUCAGAGUAGCAAUAAGUAUUAUUAUUAUUAUCGAGAGCUAAAGACUGAUUUUUGAAUUCCAAAAGAAAAAUAUAUCUGCUUGCUGUUUCACUGACUGAAACGGUUUUGAGAUAAACCUUAACACAAACAAAGGGCUUCGCCAACGUCAUAUACCACCAAAGUAAAGUUAAACAGCACCAGCUGUGUUUGCCUUAAAUUAAGUAUUUCUCGGCAACUCCAGUGCCAGACCCGUGUCAAACCUUUCAGAAGGCAGAUAGCGGAGCUAAUAAAGAAACGUUUGCAAAUCUCAAAUUUUACGGUGACCUUACAACGGCUGGUGCUCCAUUGAGCCUUUGAGGUGACCUUUCUCUGAAAACAUUUUUUACUUCUUUAUAUGACGUCAUUUCCGGCUCCCUUAUAUGACAUAGUUUUCUUAACUUCCUUAUACGACGACAUUUACUUCCUUGUAUGACGUCAUUUCUUACUUCCGUAACGGACAGACAGACAGCACCUUUUUAAUUUUGUCUGAAUUAGAGGACCUUCGCUGCGCUCCGGUCGAAAAGUCACUGACGAAGCGGUAGUAAUUAGAAAAUUUAGAAAAGAUGGCAACCUUUUCAGUCAAAUGUGUGCAUAUAGGCGGUAUUUGCGCAAACAGCUGUUGAUUUUUCUACAAAGUCAACAUCUCUUCUGCUUUGAAGCGUUACCGCAGCGUUGCAUUACCAGUACGCAAGCGGUUGAGAAGACGCAGACAUCCUGAUGCGCGACAACGCAUCGGGUGCGUGGACGUGGUUUCCCGCGAAAAUACUUGGCACAUUCCAAGACAUGAUUCGGGCUGACUACUGCGUGGCGAUCGUUUACGGCGGGACACUGCAGGAGUAUGCGACAGUGGUUCCCAAGUUGCGGAUUCGCGUAAAGACGGAUCCUAAUUGGCGGUCACCGAUCCAGGAUAAUUACAAACAUUACAUACACGCCAAGCACUUACCUGUACCAAAAUUCGUACAGACGUUUGUCAAGCGUAUUAUACCUUUGCCGGAAGGUUGCCCGGCAAAAUUGGUUGCGGCAAGUCUGAAACAAGGUAAAAAGGGAAUGCCGUACGAUUAUGCCCGGUAUCAUGCUCAUGCGGUGGAUAUCGUGGACGGAUGUGUGGUGUACCUUCAGUGUCGACCCAAUAGCGCGAAAGAUAUCGACGAUACGUACUGUAUACGACAUGGGAAACGCGUGACGGUUUGGCAGGAACGCCUGGAAUCUCUUCACCAGUUCAUAAUUCAGUCCGCUUUACGGAUGUCAGAGCCGUUAGCCGAGAUUUUACCAGCGGCGACCGAGAUUUUACCAGCGGCGGAAGUCGCUGUGUUAUCGAUAGAAUUGUGGACGGAAGUUUUCUCGCAUUUGGACGUUAUAACGCAGGUCAAACAGUGCCGCGUGUGCCCACUAUGGAACCUCAUUUGGGACUCUGCGUCCUUAAAAGCAAAAGUCAUUCUGGACAGCGCGGCAUUCACCAAGGAAGAUCAGUGCAGUGAGCUUAAACCAUUGUAUUUUAUGACCUCGGCUCUCUUCAAGCGAAUCUCCCCAUUCACGCAAUACAUUACUAUUGCCGACUAUGGCGAGAGGAUGGAUGGAAUGGACGUUGUGAAGAUUCUCGACAUCCUUAACUUCAUCCUACAGCGCAAUGCCAACAUCAGACCGAAAGGUAUUUUUUUAUACCGACUGGAGUGCUAUCUCCUUAGCUUCAAGUACGAUGGCAGUUACAAAUUCGAAUGCUCACUUCGUUCACCUUUUUCUGGUAAUAUGGUCGGUAGCACCCGGGAAACAUUUACGCAUUCCGUGGUAGCAUGUCCCGAUCUUCUGUGUCAUAACAUCCAUUUGAUAAAAUGCACGAUCGCUUUAAACAUUUUGCUUUCAUUGGAAUUGUCUGAGAUUGCUGAAGUACGUCAUCAACGCCUCAUCGGCAAUUUCGGUGAGAUGUUAUGGAAUGCCAUGGAGGCGCAACUGCCAGCGCCAAGGGAAACGGAGGUUUACCUCUUGUCCACUUGGUUAAAAGCCAUUCAAGCAGACGCCGAGACAACAGGGUGGGCAAAACAUAAUGUGGUCUGCAAGACUUUGUGUGCGACACAGACGACGGAUCCGCGUCCAUCGCUGUAUUACCGCGGGAAGAGAUGGUGUGUGGACGGUCUGCACGAUUUGCAGCUGAAAAAACUGUCGCCUAUGCCGAACUCUUUGUUCCCGGUCGCGCUGUCGGACUAAUCGUUGCAGCUUAUACUCCUAUCGAAACCUUGUCAAUUACUCAAAUUAGCCAAUCGCUGACGUUCUUGUUCUGUCAAUCUGUCUAUAAUGUCUGCCAGCGUGCGGCAGACAAGCUGUCAGGAUACUGACGACUUUGACGUAUUCAAACUGCAUCGUAUUUAGCGGUUUACAUAAUUAUUUGAAACUGUUUAGCUGAUACUUGAACACUAUUUGUAGUUGCCACUUUCAAAGCAUCGGUAAAAAGACUGCCGGGGAGGAAGUAGCUAAAAAACGACAUUUAAUUAAA